AUGACCAGCAGUUCAUCGUCAGCCAGAACAUCCCCAUCACCCUCGACUCCACCUCCGUCAAUAAACGCAGCCAUGGUAACAGCAGCAGCAGCAGCAGCAGCAGCAGGAGGCACCACCUCUGCCCUGAAACAGCGGACAGGGACAAUGUCCUUUCGGGAUCCGGCGGCACCGACCAUCCGAACAACCGUCAAACAACGCGCACGACAAAACACAAUUAGCGAUGACGAUUUCGUACGCAAUCUCGGCGCUGACUACCAGGACGUCGAAAAACGCACGCUCACCCGCUGGGUGAAUUCACAGCUUGCAGCAGUGGGCGACCGUAUCGACCGCAUCGAAACAGACCUCAAAGACGGCAAACGACUGUUGAAGCUUUUGUCUGUCGUUUCUGGGCAAGCUGCGCCCAAACCAGAACGUAUGAACAUGCGCAUCCAUCAGCUCGCAAACGUAGCACAGGCAUUUAAAUUUCUGGAAACACAGCUUGGUGCGGAUGCCAUGCCUGAUAUCGGCAAUGAGGCUAUUGUGAACGGCGACGUAAAGAAGACCCUGGCGUUGGUCUUUUUCAUCAUGCUCAAAUAUCAGAUCCAAGCAGUACUUGGCGACCAUGGUGAAGAUUUCAUGACAUCGCUUUCACUUCUCUCGGAAAGAGAACACCUACACAACAGCAACAACAAAGACGCAAUGUCGGUUGCAUCGACCGAAACGGACAGCACAACCGAGCUAACAGCACCUGCUACUCCACGGCCAAGCGGCCGCAAAUCACAUCACCACAACAUGACUGAAAAAGGCAGCCAUACGACAAGCGAAGCAAAAGUUGCACUGCUAUAUUGGGUGCGGAUACAGCUGGAAGAUUACAUUGCUGCCAACAUUAUACCCACCAUCCAAGACUUCUCGCGAUCUUGGCGCACCGGCCUAGCAUUUUGCCUGCUCCUCCAUCGCCAUGAUCCAGUGCUGAUGCCUGAUCUACUGACUACCCGUAUCAACAAUGCCGAUAUAUCUGAAAAGCAAGCAUGGCGCGAGUUCCUUGAGCUUGCAUUUGACACUGCAGACACAAAACUCAAUAUACCCUCCUAUUUGGAUCCAGAUGACCUCAUUGACGUUGAAUAUCCACAUGAACCAAGCGUCAUGAUGUAUGUCAGUGAGUACUACAAGGCCAUGUCAAAAACACAGAAAGACGAUCCACCAGCUGCAAAACGGGACAAGCGUACAAAGCGGCGCGCUGCCAUUGCAAUGGCUGUAGGCGACGUACCCGAAGACGAAGAAGAUCACGACGACGACGAGAUCGGAUCAGUGAUAUGCGACACACCACCAUCAAUGGAUGAUGAGCCUGAAGAGCUCUCAACAGAAACACUGUCACAACAGCAAGAUAAAAAGCAGCACGAAUUCCACAUCAAACCAAUUGAAGUCGCCACAAAAACACCACUCGAAGCACCAGUACCAGUGCCUAUGCCAUCAGCACGGCGGCAUAAACGGAAACCAGCACAUCAGCGCGAGUCAACACUCGGCGAAGAAGACAAGGCCAGAAUCAAAGCUGACCUGAAUAACCGUCUGAUGCAGCAACUUACUGGUCAUUUACCGCGAGGCGUGCAUCCCGUGCUUGACCAGCUCAUUACCAUCCACGAAACGGUCAUUUCUUUCAUUCGCACCAACACACGCACUAUUGAUGAAAUACCAGAAGAGUUCACUAGCUCGUCAUCAGUCACCGAGUACGUCGAUGCGCUCGAGAUCAUUGAAGAACAAAUCGAAUCCGAAGCAGAGUACUUGGAUACCGCAAAAGAAGCACGCGAUUCACUCAUGUCGCCACCCGAGAACGCUGAAGAGUCACUAAUGAUCCGACUCACUGAUCUACAACGAGGCCAAGUCGACCGACUCUACGACGUGCUAGUGAAAGAGUGGAAAGAGCUUGUCGACCUAUUGCAGAGCACAAAAUCAGAUUUGCUGCGACUCGAAAAUGAUCUCAUCGAAACCGAAGAACGUGUUGCCGAGUAUGAGCAGCAGGCUGUUGCUGUCGAAUUUGAAAUAAGCAAGCUCAUGGACAUGCUGGCCAGCGUACCGCCCAAAAAUGAUCAAGGACGACUGCUGCAUCCGCUGGAUGGAUCUGCUGAAUCUGCCACAACACUCGAUGCGUACAACAAAGCUGUUUUUAAUGCAUCCUCACGGAUACAGUCGUUCGAUACCGCAAGCUGGAAAGAAUAUCGUGCGUACCUUCGAGAACUUUCCCCGGCAGUACGGCAAGCAGUAUCACAACGUCAUGCUGUAGUGGAGCAAAGAUACCAGAUGCUGGAAACCAACAUGCGCAAGACCAAGCGACGCUUCAGCUUAUUCAAGCGCGGGAUGGCAUUUGGAAAGGUUCUAGCGGGCUUGGACCAAGAGCUUAUGAAUAUCCAGAAAACAAUGGACGAGAAGCAAAAAGCCAUGACCGACGACUCUAUCCUGGAUCUCGAGAACCGUGUCAGCAUGGUACGCAGCAAAAUGAACGGCACUCGCGAAGAGUACUAUGACUUGUUUGAAGAAGAAGGCGAGGACCAGGCCGGGUUUGUCGAUCGAUUCGAGCAGGUCCAGCAGCGCUAUCGCAAAGUAAGCGAUUGGGUUGAUCAAGUACGUGUAUGGUUCAUUGAAGCCGGUCGGAUACGCAACUGGAUCGAAAUACGCAUCGCCACGCUCCAAGAACGCAAAGCAUUUGAUCCGCUGAGCACAGACUUUGUUUGGCUCGACAAUAACGCCGCACGGUUACACAGGGAGCAUGACCAGCUUAAGCGUGAAGUGGAACGAUUUGAGUUAGAUGACAUGACACGUUUACGCACCCACGUCAAAAAACUGACAGCUGUCGGGCGUGACCAAAAGCUGAGUCCGGCAGACGCGUCGACCAUUGAAAUCACUUUGGAGACACUCAACAUGCUGAGCAAGCUGACUGUCGCGUUAAGCAAGCGCUCAGCGAUGGUCAAUAUGCUGAUGCUACACGUCAAAUGGCACGAGCUUUUCAGCAAGGCGGACGACUGGAUUGCCGUGACGAACAAGGAGGUAUCUGUGUUCUUGGGUGGUAUUGCCCGAUGGACACCUUCGAAUGACAAUGACGAUGAUGACGAAGAUGCAAACAGCAAGAAGAAGGCGGACAAGGUCAUUCAGACGCUGGUCGGACUGGAGAAACGCAUUGCCGAGUUCGAUCAACGACAAUACGCUCAAGUGUUGGACGCGUUCCAAGAAAUGGAGGAUUUGCAUGACAACAGCACACUGCCCGAUCAUCUGGAAAAGCGCCAGACGGCAUUCGAGCAGAGCUUUGCUGAUUUGAUGAAGCGCUCCGCGUUUUGUCGAAAGGUCGUGGAACAGCAUCUCGUCACAGUCGAUGUUGUUGCUCAGUUUGACCAUCUCAAAGGCCAAGGCGAAAAGUUGCGUCGGGAAAUGGAUUCACAAGAAAAUCUACCGGGAGAUCGCGUGCAAAUGUUCAAGGAAAGUUCAGCAUACUGGAUGUCUGAAGUUGCUGCAACAAAGAUCCCGUACCCUCAGGAGGCUCCCGAGGUGGAUGCCGUUCAAAAUGAUGAAGCAAACGCAAGGAUCUGUAAAACAAUCGACGACUACGGCUUGGAGCUUAUUGAAAUCGUUGAGAGCUUAGAGGAGCUUCUUGUUGGCCAUCGUCAAAAUAUGUCCUUGCAAGAGCGUGCUAAGCUCGUGUACGACGAGACGGCUCGCAUGACGGCAUGGUUCGACGAACGGAUACGCAAUAUGAAAAAGUCGCAUCCAUUUGCACUUGUGGAAGCCAUGGACGAGGAGUCGGAUAUUGGAGAGCUAGAGCGGCUUGAAAAUGAGCGCAAAGGCACUACUGCACGUGUUCAUCAGAUCGAAGAGAGCGACUAUCCGAAAUUGCUCGAGCGCAUGCGUGUUGUGGAGGACGAAAUUGAUGCGACCAACGCUGUAGCGAUUGAUCGAAGCAUGCUGAUCAACGCGAUCGAAGGUUUAGAGCAGAGUCAUACUCAGCUGCAGAUCCUGCUCGAACAGCGCGAGCGUGAGCUGAAACUUUGUCGCAAGCACGUCGACUGGAUGACAGCAUGGAACAAGGUUGAAGAAACGAUCAUUGCUGCUGCACGAGAUAUAUGGACCUUCACUGUCAAGAAGGCGAAAUUUGAUCCUGGUCGAGAAGAAGCAGCCGCUUCCAUGGGAUCCGAUACAAAGGAGGGAGAUGUCCAAUCUAACGUACACACCUUGCGAGACCGAGUCGCCGAUAUUGCGAGCCAGGUCAAUUAUGUCAACGACUUGCAAGCCGAACUGGUUUCAGAAGCGAGCGAAGAAAUGACUAGCGCCAUCAAUACGAAGCAAGACGAGCUUCAUGCAAAGCAACAAGAACUGAACAAUCUGCUUACCUAUGCCGCCAGUGCAGCUGACCAACGACCAUCAAUUAGCCAUUGGUUGGCGCAAGCCGACAAAGCUCGGGAUCAGGGGCAACAUGUACGAGACGAGCUUGAGAGACGAAAGCAAGAGCUCGAAGAUGGAAAGGUGCACAGCUUCAAGCGCCUUGCACGAUCUGUAUAUGAAACUUCCGUUGGUGAAUCCGUGGAUCCCCAGGGCUUCGGCGAACGACUGCAGUGGGACUUUGAGGUUAUCAAUCCGCAGGAUUACCAUGUCCGGAUAAAUGCGCAGAUAGAUGCGCUGGUACAAGGCAAGAUGAGCGAUUUGAAGCAAGUCGAACAAGAAAUCGAUCAUCUCUACGGUGUGCAUCAGAGCACUGGAAAAUUAAAGCAGUUGGUGAAUUUGUACGAUGCAGAGAUUUCUGAGCUGCACCAGUGGAUCGCCGAGCACAUGCAUCGGCUCAAGCAGCAGCACUUGGAUGCCCUGGCCGACGUCGCCGAAAGUGACUUUGUCGAAAGGAGGGAAAAGCACAUCCAGCUCACGUCCGACAUCAAACAGUUUGAAAACACCAACGUCCGCGGCCUUUGUGACAAUAUUGCCCAACUAUCAUCACAGUACCAGGAUCAAGAAGGGCAGCUCGGUGUAGAUGUUGCAGCCAUCGAACAGCGGCUCGAUGAGGUCUUGCAGGAUAUGGAAGAGCUUCAAUCCGUCCUAUCUGACCAGACAUCCGCGUUUGAUGCGGCGUUGAAGCGUCUCGAGUGGGAAUCACAAUACAAUGCAGCAUCCAUGCGGCUCAAGGACAUGAACGAGCAGCUUCGCGAAGUGAUGAAACAGCGCGAUACCGCCAAUUCUGAUGCAAGCAAUUUAGGCGAUCGUGUCUGUCAAUGGCGUGAAGAGCUGGCCGCUUUGGAAAAGAGCCAAGGCCAAUUUGUCAAGAGCGAUCUCCAGGGUGUUGAAGUAACGUAUCGUGAUUUGGGCAAGGCGUUGACAAAGUGCAACCGCUCGACGACAGUUAUCCCUGCUGACAUUGACGCGCGCAUGGAUUCGCUUAAGCAUAUCCAGCAACGGCUCGGCGAGAACUUGACUGCACGACAAGACGAACUGGCAUCUGUCAAGCGGCGCAUCGAUUGGCAACAAGCCAUGGAUAACGCAAUGGACCAGCUAGCCAAACAUGAGCAUGAUUUGGAGACGUUUGUACGAGGUGACGCGCGAUGGACGCCAGACAUGCAGAUCCGCGAAGACGACGAGCAGCGCCUCCGCAAUCAGUAUGCACAUCUUGUGUCCAAGUAUAAAGCGUUUCACAAUCAGCAAGUAGCACCGCUCCAUGCUCAAUUCAAGGUGCUGCAGGAUGAACAGAAAGGACCUCUUCCAGAAUCGACUUUCAGUCGGAUGCAAGCGCUCGAAAAGGCCGAGGCACAAAUGUCUAGCCAGUUCACGUUUGCCACCGAGGUGGUCACACAGCAUUGUUUGGUUUCUGCAUUUAUUUUGCGCACGGACCAACUAGAACAAACUGCAGAGCUGAUCAGGGAAGAGUUCCUUAAGGAGGUUAACGGCGAUCGUCUCGACCAAUUCAAGGCCAGCGUUGCUGACGUCCAGGACAACUUGGUCCGCCAAAUACGCUAUCCCGUCCGUUCCUUCAAAGAUGACAGAAUCAAGGUCGAAACCCGAAUUCAAGACGAAGCUGUCAAUGAAGUCAUUCGUGACACCAUUGCGACUCGCACAAGCCGCUUGGAGGAGCUGGUGGCGAGCAUGGAGUUCCAACUCGAGUCAAAAGAGACCAUUUCACGUUUCCAGGUUCAGCUGCACUUGUAUAAUCGCCAUGCAGAAGCAUGCGAGCGAUGGAUUGAAAGUCACGAUUCUGCGUUGCAACAGAACAACAAGCUACUCAACAUCGGUUGCGAGCGUGUGCUCACUAUGGAGGAGCUACAGCAGGCCAUCAGUGCCGUACGCGGUACCGAGCGCGCCAUGACCAAAGUCAAGGACAAUAUUUUUACAUCUCUUGAGAACCGAUUCGAGCAAUGCGUCAAUGCCUUUGAUGACACCAAGGCUACCGAAGAAGAGGAACGGGCGCUCGCAGAGGAGUUCGAUUCGAUUGCUGCAGUCCAGAAACGGGUUAGCGACAAGUGGCACCAGCUCCGUGAUGAGACACAUCAUGUUGCAAUCAUGCUGACGGAUGUCUUGGAGCCGACGGAAAAGCAUCACCUUGCAGAGAAACUAGUUGGCUCGCUCACUUCCCUGCAAGCCAACAUCGACGAGAUUGAUCCAGCUACGCUCACUGAUGAACAGAUUCUCCAGUGGCAGAAGCGCGUGGAUUCUUUGGAUGCUAACGAGUACCGCAAGCUGCAAUCCGAAACACCCACAUUCACUGAGGGUGACGAUCUGGUCAAGGUUCCUAUGGAGGCGGCCAAGUCACAGCUCGAUACAGCUGGCGACAUGAUCCUCGUAAUUCGUGCCUUGCUGACGGGUCUUUACGAUACGGUCAACAUCAACCGUCUUCGGAACACCUACAGUGAUAAUGCUAGCGUCGCGCGAAACAUGAUGGCAACCGUUCAAACCAUGUACAAGGAUGCCUGUCAAAAUGUCCAAGUCUUGACUGCCAAAGAUCGAGUGGCACAGCGACAAGCCGUUCUCGCAUCACACAAAAAUGCACAAAAUCAAAUGGACGAGUGCAAAGAUGCCUACGAGGACCUGUGUGGCUACUACGAUUUUAUCAAAACGCAAGAAGGUUUGGGCGAUGAGCUUGAUGAUCUACACAGCCAAGUGCAGGAAGAGUGGCGUGCAGUCCAGGCAGAGCAAUCUACGCUUGCAGCGCUUGUGACAAGAACAGAUCGAUGGGUAGAACGGUAUGAUAUGCUUGAUAAGUUACAGCGAAGUUUAUCGACGGUAGGUCGAGACUUGGAAGAGAAGCACAGUGCCAGGAACUACAGCAGCAAUACAACGAGCAGCAGUAUCAAGAGUCGCACUAGCAGCAGUGAUAGCGAAGCCAGUCUUCUUGCCUCGUUGGACAAGCGCUUGCAUGCCGCCACCCGUGAUUUGGACGAGCUGCAGGCUUGUGCGCGAUCAGAAGGCAGAGACGAUCCAGCCAAUAGUGCGGCCUUUGUGGAAGAGUGCGAGUUAGCAGGUGCAAAGGUGUCGUCGCUAAAAUCUUCCUUGUCAACGCGCAAGUUCGACCUUGAAAAAGCCCAUCUUCUGAGCACGUUUACGGAGGAGCUCAAGCGCCAGUGCUCGACGUGCGAAGAACAAACCGCUUUUCUCAAGCAGCAAGCAAAUUCCAAUCCUACCAUCGCCGAAAAGAAACCUACAGCAAUCCAGGGCGUUAUCCAAACAUAUGCGGCUGCCUUGGCGAAUAUUCGCCAGAUACACGGUCGUUGCAAGGCCAAUCUUGAGAGUGGCGUUCUGUCCGAGCAGUCAGAUAUCAUGGUCGAUACCUAUAGCUUUUUGCGUUCUGAGGUAGAGCGAAUGAAGCGACCUCUUGGAAAGGCACUUGUGGAUCUAGAACAGAAGAUGACAAUCGAAGACGAGUAUGUUGCUGUGCUCAAAUCCGUAUACAGACAUGCAGAGAGCGAAUCUGAUAACAUGGCAUCUCUCAACGACUUCAAGGCUACUGUGGCUCGAUUCUCUCGCAGUGCUCGGAUUGCUCGCACUAAAGGAUCCCUCUUGCCCGAUCUCAACGAGUUUGAACGUCGAUUCAAGGCUAUGGAAGACUGUGUCCAGGAUUUCUACGCUGUGGGGAGCAAGGUCAAAGGAAGCUUAUUGCGGGAUCGCGUCGGUGGUACACGCAUCGCCAGUAUCAACCGCUCAGUGGAUCGGCGGCAAGAUGCCAUCAAGCGUGAAUGGCUACGAAUCAAGGGCUCGGCAGAAGAGACCAAAGUCAAGUUACAAGAGACACAGCAGCGACAGCACGCAAGCGGCAAGCUUUCUGAAGCGAUGCGAUAUGUCAGCGACCUCAGACACCGCGUUAAUACACUCCAGCUUUCCGGAAAGAGUAUAUCGAUCGAGCAGCAGGAGCUCAAGGAGAUUCAGGACGACUUGGAGAAUGCGCUUGUCAAGAAACUGCGCGACCUCGACACUUUGCUAGCAAGCGUUUCUGACAAGGACGGGAAAUUCAAACGACAACGCCAAGAACUAACUGUUGCCGUGGACGAUUUGCAUAAGCUGGUCCAAGAACGACAGAAAGAAGCUGAGAUGGAAGGCAACAUCACACUUUUUGUCGGUAUCAUUGACAAGAUGGACGAGCAGAUUUCGGAGCUGUCACGACUUAUUGACAGCUGCGCACCCAGACAUGCCCAAGUUGUCCAAAGCAAAUUCAAUAAGUCGGAUUUGCAACGCCUACGUCGAAGAUUGGUGUCAGGAUAUAAGGAGCAAGAGCCCAAGAUAGCAGAGCUGGUGGAAACCGCCAAGUCAGAAGCACGCAAGCAGUUUGUCGACAACGAGCGUGUUGUGGAUAAGCUCGACAAGAUACUGGAAAAAUGGGCUAAAGUACAAUCCGAGGCAGCAGCCCGCGAGAAAGAAUUGCAAACGUGUAUCAACCAACUCGACCACGAAUUCUACACAAAGCUCGCUAUGGCAAAAUCAACGUCACCUACCAACAAGAGCCAAGACAACAAACGGACGCAGCGACAGCGCGCCACUCCAUCACCUACAAAGCAACGAGCAGGCACACGUCGUGCCAGCUUCCGGUCAUCUAACUUGGCUGUGGAGAACAUUAAUCGAUCGCCACGCUCGCGCACACCUACAAGCUCAGCGUCCCGUAACCGACCCUAUGUUGCCGACCCCAAGAACGAGCUCGAUGUACACCUUGGAAAGAUUGUCAAUGAAAGUCCUUAUCGUAUGAAAGUCAAGAUGGUGCAUGGCGAAGUUGGCAAGUAUUGGUUUGGUGAGGAGCAGCCUCGACUUGUUUACUGUCGAAUCUUGCCUAGCAAAACCGUCAUGGUGCGGGUCGGUGGUGGAUGGCUUGAACUGUCGACAUUCUUAAAGAAUCAUGGACAUAGUGAAAGCAACGCAGCAGCGCGCUCACAUCCAAGCGACCGAACCAACGACUCUGUGGACAGCGAGGCAUCCUCAAUGCGCAGCGAUUCACCAUCGGGUCGUGUUACUUUACGAGGAGGCGGUCGAUCACCAAGUCUAUCCACAAGCAGAGCAGGUGGCAAAUCACCUAUACCGCCAACCAGCACAAGCCGUGGAUAUGUCGAUGGCGAUAAAUAUAUCCGUGUCGAUGACGAGGGAAACCAAGUGGCCGUCAAAAUGUCCAAGGCAAACGACAAAGCAAGAACGCUAGCCUCCAACAAUAAACACCGAUUUACGUAG